CUGAGAUUUCCCGCACCGUUCAUUUGCUCAACCCACUCUCUGCUCUGUCCAUGCGCUUCUUCUCCAACGCCCCCGAGCCACCAGCAGCCAGUGCUGCCAGCGUCAGCGCCAGCGCCAGCGCCAGUGCCAGCGCCUCGACGUCCCAGCUGCCGCCCGACCACCCGCCGGUGCCGGCGGGCGCGACCUGCCCGGUAGACGAGGAGGCGCGCGCGACCUGGCUAAAGGUGUCCGAGGACGCCGCGCACCCGCUCAAGGCCGCGCCUGCCGCGCCUUCCGCCCCCGCCCCCGCCCCCGCUUCCGCCCCAUCCCCGACGGGCCGCCUCAGCGCCGAGCGCGAAGUGUCGUCGAUCCCGCGCGCGUCGAGCGCGACGUACGCGCACGCACCGGAGCAGGCGGCGCGCCCCGCCGACGGCGAAGAUACCGGCAACUGGGUGUAUCCGUCCGAGCAGCAGUUCUUCAACGCCAUGAUGCGCAAGAACCACAACCCGCGCGCGGCGGACAUGCGGACGAUUGUGCCGAUCCACAACGCGGUCAACGAAAAGGCGUGGGAGGAGGUGCUGAUGUGGGAGGCGGGCAAGGGCGGCGACAGGUGUGGUGGCGUGCGGCUCAGCAGCUUUGUUGGGCGGCCGCGGGAGCGGUCCCCGAAGGCGUGGGCCAAGACUAUGUUUGGAUACACCGCCCCGUUCGACCGCCACGACUGGAUCGUCGACCGGUGUGGCAAGCAGAUCCGCUACGUGAUCGACUUUUACACGGGCAAGCCGAACCCGUCGAACCCCCAAGCGCCGACAUUCUACCUCGACGUCCGCCCGGCCCUGGACGACUGGGAGCACGUGAAGACGCGUCUGUCGCGGGUGUUUGAGUAGGCCGGCCUCCCCUAUCCGCGAGGCGAGGAGGGAGGGGAGGCCUGGGCCGGCUUCGGGAAGCGAGCAUAGCAUUGUAGAGGUACACCAUUCAUCUAAUCCGGUCUACAGUACAUCCUCUGCG